CCGUGAUUGGUCGCCGGGCGGCGAGGGAAAGGGUGCGCGCGCAACGGUGCCAAGCCGCGUGUAGAAACAGUCGUUACGACGAUGCCAACAACACUGGAAGCGGGACGAGGUGUGAUUCCGUUGAUACUCGCGGCACGGUACACGUGCAUCGCAGAAUCGCGCCGGUUGCUCGGGUUUUGGCGGUUUACCAGUUGCACGCGGCACACGGAGGGUGGCAGUCGCGAAGGAGAGAGAGAGAAGGAAGACAGAAAGGUGGUCGCGGAAACGCUGGUUUUUAAGGUGGCCGGGACGAACGGCGAGGUGAAGUGAGAGAAAAAUACGUGAAAUGGAAUUGCACACGCCGAAGCGUGAAUCGCGUCCUUUGACGGAAGCGUUGCCCUGCAGCCCGCCGAUGUGCGACACCAUGCUUUAUCCGUGGAACUGGGGUGAAGAGGCGAGGAAUGUGAACCUCAGCCCCGGUAGCUCGUGCUCGUCGCCUGAAUAUAGAGAGCAUAACGUGGUGGCCACGCGAACGGGACCGCGAUCGCGUUCGGGAGGAUCGGAGCAUCAUCGCCGUGGACGACCUAGAGCUGACGCUCUAUCGAACCUCAUGAUGCAAGGAAGCACCUCUCCCAGCAGUAUAAAAUGCACUUACUGCAACCGGGUCUUUCCACGGGAGAAAAGCCUCCAAGCACAUUUGCGCACCCAUACAGGUGAACGUCCCUAUCCGUGCGAUUAUCCAGGAUGCACGAAAGCUUUUACCCAAUCCGGACAAUUGAAGACUCACCAACGACUGCAUACGGGAGAGAAACCUUUUUUAUGUACGGAACCUGGCUGUGAAAUGAGAUUUACACACGCUAAUAGACACUGCCCCGAUCAUCCUUAUGCCACUCUUACACGUUCCGAUGACUUUGUAUUGAAGCCUGUGUCGGAAAAUACGGAAUUACCUCACGACGUGACUAAAUGGCUAGAACGUUACAAAAUGUCCAGGGAACGAGAAGAUAGGACGCCCACAGGGAAAAAUGAACGCAAGAAGAAAAGUUGGAAAAGUAGUUCGGAGAAUCACAAAAGAGUUAAAUCUAGAAAGGGUUUGAUGAUGGAUGCGACAGGGGAACAGGAGAAUUUAGAUUGCAAAGGAUCUAAUCAGCGACUGUAUUGCGAGAGUCAAGACAGCCAAGAGGAAAGCCAAGACGAAGAUCCUGCAGAGACGUGCGCCGUGUUGCAAACAUCCGAAGACGAGGAGAUAUCGACAAAGUUAGCGAUUACUCCUUUGAGAAGACCAUUGGACCGACUUCAGCCAAAGAAGAGAUGGUUACGGGAAGCUUGUUUGGAGCAGCAGCUGGCCAAACCUUUGAAUUGGGAUGUGAAGCCUGCGAAUCCAGCUGUGACCGCUUCGUUUAAAUCUAAUUGUAACCAAAUGCAAUGGAGCGCGCCUGUCGAUAAUUCGUGUUUGAACGAGUGCAAAGAAAUUGAAAUUGCAAAAUCAGAGUUAGAUUCCUCUUACGCGACCGGUCACGUAUCUUGGGAUGUCGAUAACGAAUCCUCGGAAACGUGCGCGAAGGAAGAGCAAAAGUACGUAUUCGAAGUGUCGAAUACAUUAUCGCAAACUAUUUGGAACACUUCGCAGCAAACUACAAAUAAUUUCUUACCUAACGAUAAACAUUCUACCUCUAAACUCGAAUCAUCCGAACACCCGGCUCAUGUAUAUUGGGACAACGAUUUCAUAAAAGAUACUACGAAUUCUUCGUUGAAUCGAUCGAAUAUAAAAAUGAAGAAUUUUGCUCAAAAGGAUGUUAAGCAGGACGCGAUCAUGAGUCCUUGUAUCAGCGAAAACAUAACGAGACCGACUGUUUUAAUGUUAGCUGGUAGUUCUAAUAACAACAACAACAAUAAUAAUAAUAAUAGCAAAGAUACUAUCACGAAAGUAGCGCCAGUAGAAUUGGAAACAGGAACAAAAGUAGUAGUUAUUAAACAGGAAGAGAAUCUUGUAAAGUUACCGAUACCUGAGGAUAGUCAAAAAUGGUUAGGCGCUUUAGCUUUGAUGGAAUUAGCUAAAAAUCAAGAAGAGACAAUACGAGGCUUAGGCCUCAAGCAAAACAAAGAUGAAUGCUCUGUGAAUUCCGAGCUGAACUAUACCCAUUUAUAGACUGUGAUCAAUGACUGUUCUAAUUCUGAUUUAUGUUAUUUUUGUAUGGCGGGCAAGAAACAAAUAAAAGUGCAUUCAUUGCCAUAUCACAAUUUUCCGAUAUACAAACACGAAAGAAAUAUGUCGUUCAGAAUUACAUCUGUUUUUCUUGCACAAUCGAGUAGCAUUUUUCCACGAUUUCCUUUUUGUAUCUUUCUAAUUAUCUAACUAUAAUUUAUUAUAUUCAACGUUUAUUCUCGUUUUCUGCCAAACUUUUUCUGCAUACUACGAUCUUGUUAAAAAUAUUAAGAUCAGUGAAAAAUUUCUUUUGAUCGCUGUUUCUUUUUCAUUAAGGAAAAAAAAUGAAUUGGUAUAUGUACAAGAAUACUUUUUAUUUGUAAUUAAUAUUCUAAGUUACAUUAUCGUUAACGACUGUUGGAAAUUCCCACUAUUUGUAACGUCGCGCAGAACAAUUUUUAAACGGGGAAAAUAAAGCUAUAUUCAUAUUUUUAUUUUCCGUGAUUAAUUCUCAUUGUCGACGAUAAAAAUACGUAUACUUCAACUCAAGGAGAAAUAUUCUUUGUAGACAAUAUAUUUUUUAAAAUUUAUUCCAACAAUGAGAACAUACCACCGUAUAACGCGAGUAUAUAACAAUAUUAUACAUUUACUUCUAAAUUUGUAUAGUUUGAUCAGAUUAUCGGUGACAUUGAUCAAUCGUAUCGAAGAAUUGUAUCGAUUUGUAAUAUAAAAUUCCUGAUCUUUUACUUUGAAAUGCGUAUAGCAUGAGACACGAACCAAUACAAAUGAAUUAAAUUAAAUCGAAGAAAUAUUUGAUUUAAUGUUUCGUUUAUCACGAGGAACAAAAGUUUCGAGUUUCUUUUUCAUAGAUAACUAUCGUAGCAUAUAAUAUGAAAUUAUAUUUCUGCAAUCGAGCCUUCGAUACAAUUUUCUACGAGUGAUUCUCCAUUCGAUGAAAAAUGAAUUACGUACUUUUCCGUUUUUAGGUGAUAAUGCAAAAAUUUAUUUAUUAUUAUCGGCCAUACUGCGUAACAGUAAACAUUUGUGUGAUACUUAGAAUGGUAAACAAAUUUACGAAGAAAAAUUUCUUUUCGAAAAAGAUUAAAUGAAUGCUUGUAAAAUAUUUAAUUGGAAGAAAUAUGGUUAUUAUUUAUAAAGUAUAAUAGGUGUAGAGAAACUAAUUGGUAGGAUAAGAUAGAAAUCUACAUUUGUAAUACCAUUAAGUAAUUUUAACUCCUAAUAUUUUAUACUCAACGUGUAUAUAUGUGAAAUAUUUUAAUAAAUAUUUUCUAAAAUUCUAGGAACUUCCACGGAACAUCGACUGUACGAAACCAGAAAUUCUUCGAAUAACAAAUUAUAUAUUUUUAAGCACGGUA